CCAAAACAAUUAUUAACAAACGAGUUAUCAACAUUUUAAAACACAAAUAUUUACCAAAUAAAAGGGCUUUCGGUUAGUCCAUCAUGCCGAGCACGAGAAGCUUGAGGCCGACGAUGAGAAGCUGGUGGCCGACGUCGACGAAAAUCUGACGAGAAAAUGGCGAGCAGGCAGCCGUGACGACGGGUUUUCAGAAGGAACGCCAACGUGAUCGCGACUUGACGACGACGAGAUUGCAGAAGAGGCAGCUGUGACUUGACGACGACGUGACGCUGUCGUGGCGCACUGGCUUCGACGCUGGGAUUGUACACGGAACGCGCGUGCUAGCCGACGACGGGUUUACUGCCGUGGCUAUGAGGGAAACGGCGGUUUUAGGGUUCGGAGGAGACCAAUUUUUCAUAAAUGAAUUUUCAAUAGUGUGGAUUCUACAGUUUUCUUUUUAAUUAUUAAUAACAUUAAAUUUUUAUUAUAUUCCAUUCUUACCCUUUUAGGUAAUUAGCUAAUUAUUACUAAUGUUUUUCUCUCCCCUUCUCCUAUUGGCUGGAGAUGGUUUAAGAUUUUUCUUAAGGAUUAGGCCUUAAGGACCUGAUCUAACCCGGCGUCAUUUGUGCUACACAAAUUUCUAUUGACUAUUAGAACUAACGAUGAUUAAUCUUUGUUCGAUCAUUGAUGAAAUGACGCCUAUGUGUUGCCCACAUAUGUAACACGUAGACACCGUUUAGGAAAAUAAUAUUUAACAUUUAAAUUAAUUUUUAAUUGGAAUAUUUAAUUAAAUUAUAUAUAUAUAUAUAUAUAUAAUUUUUAAUUCAUUUUUUAUCUAGAGAUGGCAAAAAUAUCCGGAAUUGUGGAUAUCUGCCUAAAUCCAACCUAAUUGGGUAGGUAAAACCCUAAUCCGAAGGAUUUUUAGUGGGUACGGAUGAAGCCCGAAUCCAAAUAUUGCGUGUAAUGGGUGUGCAUGGUUUUCGUACUAUCCAACCCGAACCCAACCUAUAAUGCACAUGAAUAUGUAUUUUGUCUAGAAAUUAUUAUUAUUUUCUCAACAUAUUUUAUAUUAUGCAUAAUGAGAUAAUAUUUUUAUGAAAUCGUGUUGUUUUUAAUUAAUUUUCUUCAUUCUAGUAAUUUAUUGUCAUGCUUUUUCUUUUGUGUAAAGUAUACGUGUGAAUGUUAAAAUGUUAGUUAGAGUUAUAAAGAAAUAUUAUUCUCCAUUGAUAACCGUGGAUACCCGAAACCCGAAUGAGUAGGACAUAGUUUUGAUUUUUUAUUACCCGAUUCUUAUAUGGGUUUGGGUACGGGUAGAAACUCGAACUACUUUCCCGAUCACCGCCACUGCCAUCAUCUUUUGUUCCAUCGUUCUGCCGCUCGCUUUGGCUUAUUCCUCAUGCAUAGGCAAGUUCGAGGUCUGGGCGGCGUGGGCUCUGUUACCUCUCCAUGCAAGCAAAUACCAAAACAACAUAACAAGCAGAGAGAGAUAAAAUGGAGGGAAAGGGUGAAACGAAGCACCUGGAAGGGGAUAAGAGUGAUGGAAUGGAAUCGUUGCUGGUCUGCCCCUGAGGCAACAUAUUUUACUCGAAUCUCGUCGUCUCCACAAACAAAGACUGCAGCUUUCGCGACUUGGACCUCAGCCCCGGCUCCUCCAAAACGCGAUAUGCCUAUUAAUCAAAGAGUCGAGCAUUCAUCGACGGAAGAUCUCGUAGAAGCCAACCGAAUCAAGCAAUCGACCAUCAAAGCCAUCACUUGCUCAGCCGCUUCUUGGCUGCCUACGAUCUGGGCAACUCGAAUUUCUCAUCAUCCAUUGUCGUCGCCGUCUUUCCAGUUCACUAUCCUCACCAUCCUCGCUUCCAACCGCCGCCAUCAUUUGUCUCCGUCGAUGCCGCCUCCUGGAGGAAGUUGGAGAAAUCCCUCGUCAUGCUUGGCCUCAGAAUCUCUAUCGCUUUCCCCUUCGAAUGAUAAAGAUUUAGAAGACGAAUAACAAUAAAAUAGUAUGGAGAGAGAAAUACACAAGAAAAAUGGGGAAAAGAGCUUUCUUAUUCAUGUAUUUCUUAGUACAAGAAAAUGCUCUAUUUAUAAUCACACAUCACAUAACCUUUACAUUUUUACAAUCAAUGUACAUGAAUGUGAGGUAAUGAGUAAUGAAAGGGAAUUUGAAAAUGAGGUGAGGAGUUACAAGUAACACCUAAUAGUGCAAAUAAUGUAUGCAUUUACUAUGAUCAAUGAUAGGGUGGGCAACACGAAACAAGUAUUCAGGUAUACUCAUACCCGUCCCAUUUUUUAGGGUUUCGGGUACCCAAAUACCUGUAAAUUUUUUAUGGGAUGGGACUUGGGAUCAAAAAGUUCUACAAUGGAUACCCAUGGGUUAUCCGUUAAUACCCAUUUGAGUAUUACGGGUAGCGUACUACUCGCCCAUAACCCAACCCCAUAAAGUAUUGGGCAAAUACCACCACAGCACCCGAACUAUCGAGAAAAUGCCAUGUGUGUCCUAUUUUAUUCAAUAUUUCAUUUGUGUCCUGAACUAUUUUUCUGUUAGCGUUAAUAUUUAACGGAAAAUCAAGUUAGCAUUGACGUGGGUAUGACAUGUAAUUUUUAAUUUCAAUAUUUAUUAUUUUUCUAAAAAAUGAAUAAAAAGGGAAAACAAAAAAACCCUUUCUCCCAUCUCUGCAUCGCACCCACUCGACGCCACCGGCUGAGCUUCAAUCCUCUCCCUGCGCCUUUCUACUUACGUCGUCGGCCAAGAGAUGUCGCUUGCCUCGUUUGAAAAUUCCCCUCUAUGCCGCCCUUCUCUAUUUCUCAUCUAGUUGCCGUCAUCCCAAACAAUCAUCUCCACCGUCAAAGUCUCAGCCAUGGCCAACCCUAACGACCCAAAAUCUAUGUUAUCCCUCCACUAGUUUUCCUCCUCGACUUGAACCCAGAACCCAGAAUCUCUUUUGUAACAUCCCAUUUCGACUAAACUCGUAUUACGGUCAUUAGAAAAUUUACGAUUUAAAAUCGAGUGUUUUGAUAGUAUUUCGACGAAAAUCGGAUUAUCGAUCGAAUGAAUAAGUCUUCACUGGGAUAGAAAGCUGAAGCAAUAAGCACAGAACUCCACUACUGGACUUGGAUUCCAGUACAAAGCAGUAGACUGACUAACUCUCGUAUAGCCAAUCUACUACUAUCGAAUGAUGAAGCUCUAACAACCUAAUCAUAUUCUAUCUAUCUCAGGUUGCAGCAGAAAUCAAGAAAAGCUGAUCAGACUCCAAUUAAUUCAAUGAAACAUGCAUCAUUCGAUUAAAACCAAACAGUAUAAUCAUCCCAAGUCAUUACAAUCAUGAUCCCUAACACAUGGAACUAGGGUUCUUCAUACCCAAGUGAGAGAAGGGUUCUACUCCAUAGAGAGAGAGGAAAACUGAAAUCAGAGUAGUCAUACUCAUAAAGACGAGGAAAAUCUGCUCUGGGAUGUCAAUCUUCACUCCUGGGGACGCAAUCUGGGCUUCAAUGGUGAGAAAUCCACUCCAAAUAGCUCCUAGGGUUUGUUCUUCGCCCUUUCUCUCUCUAAAACUCUGUUUUUGCUCUAAAAGUCGAUUUUCUCUCAUUUGGCUCGAAUUUGGGUUAAAACCUAGAAAAUCCCGAUCACACGGGCAGGCCACACGACCGUGUGGCUUUCCCAGGCUGCCCGUGUGAGUGUGCAAAAUGCAGAGUUUCGAUUAAGUGACUUCAACCAUCCCACACGGCCACAAGGGGUCCCCUACACGGCCGUGUGACUUUUAGGCAUGCCCAUGUGGCUUCUCAGCUUCUCGCCAAACGUCCAAACUUUGUCCAAUCGACUCCGAACUCGUUCCCAAACCUUCAUUCACGUACUAGGACCUGAAAUAUCACAAACAAGCACAACCUAGCGUGAAAUCGGCCUAAAACACAAGAAUCAACAUCUCAAACGGCUCGAGAAUAGGGGUAAAAAAAUAUGCAAUUAACG